AUGACCGUACCGACAGAUCACGACGUCUUGGAAGCGGCGGACGCGUCAACGUUGCCCGACGAGAAGAAGCACGACACCACAACACAGACACAAGCUGACCCUCCAAGCCAGGCAGGACCACAACAACCGGAACAAUCCCAUCUCCAUGGACUGAAACUCGUCCUCCUCAUUACCCUUCUAUACUUGGGCAUCUACCUUGUAGCUUUGGAGCUCACGAUGCUGUCCACCUUGGUCCCAAUAAUGACGGACCAAUUUGGAAAUGUGACCAACAUUUCGUGGUACUCUUCAGCAUAUGUUUUGUCCUUAUGUGUCUUCACGCCUGUAGGGGGCAAGUUAUACAGCCAACUACCCGUCAAACUCGUGUACCUAUCAUCAAUUGGCACCUUUAGCAUCGGUCUUCUGGUUUCCUCGCUGGCAAGAUCGAGCCCCAUGUUUAUAGCCGGCCGAGUGAUAAACGGAAUAGGAGCAGCAGGCCAAUUCGGAGGAGCUUUGCUACUGAUCGGUCCUUCUUGCCGGCCCGAGAUUCGCCCCGUCGUGACUGCGGGUGCCUUCUCAAUAGUACCUGUAGGGUCCAUGACUGGUCCUAUUAUUGCUGGAGCACUAGCGGCUCGUGCAGGGUGGCGCUGGUGCUUUUGGAUGCUGCUAUUUAUGAGCGGCUUUAUCAUAAUUUGCGCCUCGUUGAUGAAGCUGCCAGAGAAGGCCAGUAAGCCACCCAUUCGACAAGGGCUGAAGGCACUUCCGAGUAAAAUUGACCUAGUCGGAUUCGUCUUGUUUGCCUCGGCUGCCGUGAUGCUUCUACUCGCUCUGACGUGGGGCGGACAAGCUACGAUAUCUUGGUCAUCGGCUACCAUCAUCGGGCUACUUUGCGGUGGUGGAGGAGCUACACAGGCAAUCCCGUUCUUCCUGCCAUUAUGGUUUCAGGCCAUCAAAGGUGAUAGCACCGAAGAGAGCGCACUUCACAUACUGCCAUCCCUGAUUUCCAUGGUCAUUGCCACCAUGGCUUGCGGAUCAUUGCUGCGGAAGCUAAGAUAUAUCCCGCCUUGGGCUAUCAUCGGCGGCUUGAUCACUAGUAUUGGGUCUGGUCUUUUAACGACGCUUACCCCCGAGACAUCAACAGGGAAGUGGAUAGGGUAUCAGAUUGUUACCAGUUUUGGGCGCGGAUUAGCCUUCCAGAUUCCAAUCACUUCUGUCCAAGAAUUUGUACCACCUGCCAAACACGCCAUAUCAAUAACGUCUAUGAAUCUCUUUAUGCAACUGGGAAAUGCUGUAUCGGUAUCAGCUUCUCAGACUAUAUUCAACAAUCGACUGCCUGCUCUUCUCUCUCGGUAUGCACCCGAAGUAAACACCACCAUGGUGUUGCAAGCUGGAGCUACUCAAGCUCGCCACCUUAUACUGCCAGAGCAGCUGCCUGGCUUCUUGAAGGCAUACAACCAAGCCAUAACGAGUAUCUUUUAUCUUACCACCUCUGUCGCAAUUUUGUCAUUCCUAGUUAGUUUCGCCUUGGAGUGGAAGAGAUUAGACAAAGCGCCGGCCAAGCCCAAAUCCAAUGUUUGA